UAGCGGGCUUUAAGUUUUGGUGCAAAUGAGGGGAAGAAGUUUUAGCUACAGUCCAUCUCCACCGAGGAGUUACAGCAGGAGGCCAAGCCCUAGUCCUAGGGAUCGAUAUGACAGUCGUGGCAAAGACCUACCUACUAGCCUUCUGGUUCGCAACCUCCAUCGUGACUGCAGGGCUGAAGACCUACGUGGUCCAUUUGGCCGGUUUGGUCCUCUCAAGGACAUUUAUUUGCCUCGUGAUUACUAUACAGGGGAUCCCCGCGGUUUUGGCUUUGUUCAGUAUGUGUAUCCAGAAGAUGCUGCAGAUGCUAAACGUUACAUGGAUGGGGAAGUGCUCCUUGGCCGUGAAAUGAGAGUGAUUUUUGCUGAGGAAAACAGGAAGAAGCCUUCAGAAAUGAGAGCGAGAGAAGGCUUCAGGGGUCGUUCGUAUGAUAGGAGACAUUCUCCCCGGGGUUAUUCUCGAUCUCCAUCAUAUGCACGCACUUACUCACGGGAUGCAUACUAUAAUUCACCUUCUCCCAGGCGUCGCUGUUACUCAAGGUCAGUAUCACCAAGAGGUCGAUCUUAUUCACGUUCACCUCAUCGCUCAAGGAGUCCCAGUUGGAGCUUCAGCAGGAGCAGGAGCAGGAGCCGUAGUCUUGAUUAUUCUAGGUAAUUAAGUAGUGUAAGACCUAUUAACGAAUGCCAGUAGAGACGGGCGUAAUGUAUUGGUUGAGGCAUGGACCGUGUUAAAACUUUUCUUGUCUCGCAGGAUCGUAUAAUACACUCUCAACUUUAGUGUUGUUUGUUUGGUGUUGUAAUGUUGAAAUGGAGGCAUGCGUGUCUUCAUUUACAAUUCAUCGUUAAUAGUUGCUCCUGCUUUCAUGUUUGCCAUCUUGUUGAUCUUUUUUCUGUUGUAUCUUACUUCAAAAGUAGAUGCAGAUCAAGAUAUGGGAGUUUGCAAUAAA